UUCAGGCAAGCAAGUUGCUUUUUUUGAAUUUGGCCAAUUGGUAGCCUACUAAUCCUUCAACGCCCACAAAGGCUGCUUGUAACAAACGGGGCCAUCAUAAAUGAGCGACGUAGCCUACUUUUUUGUAUUCUCACCUGUCAUCAUAUCAAACGGAGGUUAGCAUCCAUCUGAGAGAAAGGCUUUUACAGGAAGUCUGAGGUUAGUCCUUUCUGCCAUUUUACACGUUUUUAAGAAGUUUUCAAGAAGAUCAAGCACCUCCAUUCUACAGCGGCUGCUGAUUUUGUGAACUUCUCUGCAACUUUCCGGUCCUGAGAAAGAUCAAGCUGUUGUCUACACUUCCACUGAGGACCAGGACACCAUAUAACUUAUGUUGUUGAAUAAUUGAAACCAUGGAUGAUCAACAUAAUCUACCGGAUAAGAUGGGGAAAGAAGUUCAACACUCUCCUGGGAAACAGCUACAAAUUAUGGAAGGUCUCAAAAGUAGACUGUAUCCAUACCAGGUUGAAGGUUUUGAGUUCUUUCACAAUGCACACAGAGAGGGUAGAAAGGGUGUUAUUUUAGCAGAUGAAAUGGGUCUUGGAAAAUCUAUUCAAGUCAUCUCAUUUUUGGCCAAUUUUGCUCAUCUGAACAAAAACAUCCCAAGCAUACUGUUAGUAGUGCCUGCAAAUUUAUUAGAUGAUUGGGUUAGCAAGAUACAGGACUGGGCCCCUUGGAUGAAAUGCCUGAAAUACCAUCAAUCAGAGCAGUGUCAAGCCACAAACCUGAGCAAAGUGAAAAGAAAUGGAGGGUUACUUAUCACCACAUACAGCACAGUUGUCAGGCAUGAAAAAGAACUGUCAUAUUUGCAUUCUAGUCCCUAUUGCUGGAAUUUUGUGGUAUUUGAUGAAGCACACAGGCUCAAAAAUGAAAAGACAAAGACCUACAAAGUGGCAUUGUCGGUCCAAGCCCAUUUUCGGAUUCUUCUUACUGGCACUCCAAUCCAGAACAAUCUCAAGGAACUCUGGAACCUGUUGACUAUUAUUUCUGAGACAUGCCUGGUGGGAACAUACCAAACAUUCAGGAAGAACUUUGAGAACCCAAUAACUCGAGGGCGGGAGGCUGAUGCAAGGGCAGAUGAAAGGGCCCUGACUCAGGAACUGAUGGAAUGUCUCCAAAAGACAAUGAAACCAGUCUGGCUCAGGCGCACUAAAGAAAAGUUGCCCAAGCUGCCAGACAAACGUGAGUUUGUGCUCUGGACCAAGCUUACCCCUGAGCAGGAAGCCAAUUACCGUGACCAAUUGUCAGUUAAUAAGGCACCUGAUGCCCCCUCAAAUCUUUUGCUUUUACACAAUUUGCGGAAGAUCUGUUGUUGCUCCAGACAGUUUGAUGGACAUGAUUUGAAUUCUGCUGUAUCCCAAACCACACAUUCUGGAAAACUUGCCAUAUUGAUCGCUAUGCUGAAGAAACUUUCUUCUAAAGGACAUAAGAUUCUGGUGUUUUUUCAGUAUAUCAAAACACUCAAAAUUGCCAUGCACAGUCUUAUGCAAACAGACUGGGGAAAAAGAACUGUUUUGUUCAUGGAUGGAACUGUUGCACUCCACCAACGUAUGAUGUUGCUUAAGUCCUUCCAGAAUGGAUCACAAAGCAUCCUUUUGCUCACAGUUCAAGUUGGGGCUGAGGGCUUAAAUCUCACAACUGCUGAUCGUGUCAUUAUCAUGGAACCUUCCUGGAAUCAAUCAACAGAUGCCCAGGCAGUAGAUCGGGUACACAGAAUUGGACAAAGGAGAGAAGUGGAAGUCUAUCGUUUGAUCACUUGUGGGACAGUGGAAGAGAAAAUAUAUCGUAGGCAGUUAUUCAAAGGCUCACUGGCUCGACAGGCAGUUGGGGAUGACCAGAAUCCUUUGAGACACUUCACUCGUUCAGAGUUAAUGGAGCUUAACAGUCUUGGAGAGACUCAAUACUCUGCCACCCAGUUACAGCUGGAACAUCAUAAUUCUAAACGGCUUAGUGCUGAGGAAAUCCUCGGGAAGCAGUUAGGAGAACAGAUUUCUGGCAGCAUAUGCGGGAUUUCUGAUCAUGGCAAGCUUCUUAAGGCCAGUCAAGGUGAGGACUUAGAGGCAGAAAUGGAAAAGCUGCACAUUGCUGAUGAAGUUCAGAGAAGUAAAGACAAGAUUGAUGGUGAGGCCCACCUCAACUGUCAAAUAGCAUUUGUUGAUGCACAUAGACAUCAUAACUAUCCACGAAACUCACUGGGUGUACAUCUAAAAGGGAAAAAGGUUUUCUCUAGAGAAUCUGCUUAUUCAAAACUGUACCAUGAGAAAUCUCCAGGGUUGCCUCGGAAAUAUAAAUGCUUUUCCUCUCCAUUCUCUGCUAGAGUACAGAAAAAAAGACGUAAAACAUGUCCACUUAAGUAUGAUUCAGAUCAAGGUUGUUAUCCUGAAGCCACCCAAGCAGAUAGAGGUGAAACGGGCAACUCUAAUUCACCCAGAGAUCCAGAAAAUGCAGAUGUUUUAACUCCAGAAACUACUUUCACAGAUGACAGGUCAGAAUCUAGUUUUGCAGACAACAAUAGUCAACAAACUUCUACAUGGCACUCUAGGGACAAAGAUAGUGAAGUACAUCCUGACAGCAUAAUUGAAGUGGACAGUUCAGAUUCAUUCACAGAUAGUCCUAUAAAGAACAGUGUGACAAAGAGUGCUGACAUUGUAGACAUCUCUUUAAAUAUAAGUAUUAUCCAUUUAUCAAGCCCCAAGGAUGUGUCUACAGGUGCCAGUUUGCAUUCAGCUGUUAAAUCAAAGGAUCAAAGAUCAGAUCUGACUGUUGUGCAAACUCCUAGAUCAGCACCAUUACCAGGAAACAACUCAUUCAACUCUGCAAUAACUUCUCUGCCCAGAACACUAUGUAUGGGGAAAUCACCACAGAUUCCAGAUGCAUACACUUCCAGUGAUCCCAUAGAGCCCCCCAAAGAAAAGGAUAAAACAGGCAACUCCAUUUUAUCCAGUGAUCCAGAUGAGUCAAAACAUAUGCCUCCAGAAAGUAUUUUCGGAGAUAAUAAUGUUCCAGGAAUCUAUUUUAAAUUGGAAUCCAAUGAUGAAGGCAGAAAAACUGAUCCCCACAGCACACAGGCACUUCAGUAUGACAUAGACCAAGGAUCACUUUUAAAGGACAACACUCUCCGUAUGAUGGCAAAUGAUGCUCAGAUUGGAGAACCACUGCAGAAAACCACAGAUGAAGGUAGUGAGAGGAGUGAAAUGAGCAUCUCUGUCUCUAGCCCUCCACUGGAGAGGUCUGGAACACCCAAUAACAACACAGAGUCUAGCUUAUCAGACAACAACAGUCCACACAAUCUUACACCAGACUCUGUUAUUGAAGUCAAUGAAGUUCAGCAUUCUGAUUCACUCACAGAUAAUACACGUGAUGACAUUGUUCUUGUGUCCCCGGAAGAGAAAAACACACUGAACCACACUGUCACAAAUAUUGAUGACAGUAGAGCUAUGACUUUAAAUACAUCUGGACAACAUUGCCCUAGCCCUGAGCUUCUGGCAGCAACAGAAGUUACUUUACAUUUUGAGGUAAAAUCACAGGAUCAAACACUAAAGCCUAGUGUGGCCCACAACUCUAAAUCAAAAGCUUGCUCAUCACCUGAAAGGUAUUAUGACCUUUUAAGAGAAGUCCAUACACCAAAACAACAACAAAGUCCCUUACCAGGCCCCCAAGUCAUCAUCACCACAUCUGCAACCUAUCUCCUUGUGUGAUUACUCACUUACACCAGGA